CCACUGUAUUCGAGUAUAGGUAUACCCCACGUACCAUGGCAUCCCAAGCUACAUCUCAAGCUAUCCGUCAGGCCAAAUCAACGGUCAGUCGAUUUACUGGCCAACAACAGAUACUUCGACCUCUUCGUCGUCCUUCCGUACCGGAACAUCUCUUGACACUCGCAGACUUAUCACCGGCACAGAUCUCUAGUCUGCUAGUAUCUGCCAUCACCUCAAAAUACCUAUGUAAGACAUAUGGUAAUAACGCCCAUCGUACAGGAUUAUCAGGUUCGACCAUAGCUCUAUUGUUCUCUAAACGAUCGACAAGAACGCGUGUAGCAAGUGAAUCGGCUUCUAUGUUGUUAGGUGCUCAUCCUAUGUUUCUCGGAUCGGGAGAUAUCCAAAUGGGGGUUAAUGAGAGUGUUUUGGAUACUAUCAAAGUGGUGGCAAGUAUGGUAGAUGGUAUAAUGGCUAGAGUAGGGGAACAUUCCGAAAUUGAAGAAAUGGCAAAACAUUCCCCUGUCCCAGUGAUCAACGCUUUAUCCAAACUCUACCAUCCUACUCAAAUCUUAGCCGACCUUUUGACACUGUCCGAGACAUAUAGCGACUCUAUCCCACUUCCCAAGUCAAUUCCAAAAAGGAGAUCUCACAAUGAAGCUCAUGCUUAUUUCAUGGAACACGCUUCCCCUCUGGUAAGUCUGGAAGGGAAGAAGAUUGCUUGGGUAGGUGACACGAACAAUAUCACGAAUGAAUUGUUGGUUACGUGUCCUAGAUUAGGGAUGAAAAUGAGUGUAGCAGCUCCGAAAGGUUAUGAUAAGGUUGAGGAAGUGGUUUGGAAUAGAGUGCUUGAAGGUGGUCAUGCAGACUCUGUGACCCUAACCAACUCCCCCGAGGAGGCUCUUCAUGAUGCCGAUAUCGUGGUAACGGACACAUGGAUCUCAAUGGGAAUGGAAGAUGAGAAAGCCGCUAGGUUAGAAGCUUUCAAAGGAUAUCAAAUCACCAACUCAAUGGUCGAAUCAGCCGGCGCUAAACCUGAUUGGAAGUUCCUUCAUUGUCUACCUCGUAAACCUCAAGAAGUGGACGAUGAGGUGUUUUACGGUCCUAGGAGUUUAGUCUUCCCCGAAGCGGAGAAUAGAAAAUGGACGACUGUGGCUUGUUUCAAGUGGCCAAUGGUUCGGAUCCAGGACAGCUCCGGUCCUCGCCAACCGUGA